AUGGCUCCUUCUAAUCCAACAGAUGGCACCGGGUCCCCUUCCUCCGGUUCUCCAGCCAUCGAUAGGAAAGGGGCCGGGUCCGUCAAGAGAGCAAGGCAGCUGCUGGAGGCCGGCGUACGCCCAGAAAGAUCAUCGCCGCCUGUCCCGAAACCGCCUCCAAUCCUAAUUCGGAAUGUCAAUCAGCAGAUGAAAUGGCCUCUCCGUGACUCUAGCCAGCAGCCAUACCCGCCGAAUCACCAUCCCAGAUACAUGACCCCGCGUGGUCCUCCACCCCAUGGCCCUCCGCCGCAGCGUCCACCGCAUCCAAGCGAAGUUCCCUCUCAGGUUCCUUCACCGUCAGUCUAUUCCGUGAGAAGCAGCCAGGAUAAUGGUACAAGACCAACCCAGUCCUUUUCACACCCUCGUCCAAAUCAGCCACCGUCUCGCCUACAGACAAGUGACGACAUGCCUGCCAGCCCUUCGAGCACCGAAAGUACGACUGCUGGCGGCUCGAUCACGACAGACGAACUAUUCAGACGCUCUGGUUGCUCAUCCACACCAUCCGUGCCGGAUGUCCCUCCCUUCCCGCCACCACCCCCAGAGCCUCAAUAUGAUCCUCGCCGACGGACCGCCGGCCUUGUUCCUCCACCGAACGCUCGCCGGGGGCAGCGCGCCCGUCGAUCAUCCGUGUCCCCAAUCCCAGAGGAGAAUUCCAAUCCCCGUAACACUCUAGGUUCCCUUGCCUCGAGCCGGGCUAUGCCGUCCAGCUGGGGAUCCGGACUGGCUGAAUCGGAGAUUCUAGGCGCUUACCUGGACGUUGAGUCUGACUCUGAUGAUGGUUACGACUCUGACAACCAUUCGAAUCCCAAUUAUGAUAAUAGCGAGACUCUGGUAAGGAGUGCAAGUCUUGGGAAGAGAGGGAAACCGACGAUGCGCACUAUCCAAAAGCCCGGCACUACUUCAGACGCGAAUGCCGAGACGCAGUCAGAUAAUACGAAGCAAGAUGAGACUGCUGCCGCUGCUGGAGCCAUUGUGGGAGCUAUCGCUGCAGGAGUGGCUACUGAUCAAACAACACUCCGCCCCCCGACUCCUGAACGCAAGCGCUCGGCUUCUACGGCAUCGAGUGAUGGUUCAGCUAAAGGUGUCGACCCGGAGAAGCCGCCGAUUGUGCAGGACGAGAGUGUUUACAAUGAGAAAGAGGAGAACCUUCCCAUGGCUGCGCCGACCAUGAGUGACAACCGACCAGGCGGCCGCAAGCCCCCUCGUUUGGACAUAGGUGCUGUGCGCAAUGCAGAGGCCCGAGGUAGUCUUUCCAGCUUGACGGACCUGAUCCGACGCGCUACCAAGCUAGCAUCGAACCUGGACCGUGGGCGAACAGCCAGUCGGGCUGAUCUUCUAGAUGGAGAUGAUGCCAAGCCAGCAUUUGGGCACCGGUACCGCAACUCCGGCUCGCUGUCGGAUAUUCUCGCCUCGUUCCCUCCGCCUGGACUUUCGACCCCGGACGAGAGUGGCCGGCAAUCAUGGCCCGUCUUCUUUGGACGCUCGAAUCUGCGACACAUCGAACCCCUGUCCUCCAACGAGGACGGACCCGACUCCAAUCGUCGCCGGGCCCGGUGCUGCGGGAUGCCGAAGUGGCUAUUCAUAUUCUUUUGCAUGAUCGUCCUCAUCCUAGUCGUGCUCGCCAUCGUCCUCCCCGUGAUGCUCGUCGCAGUACCGAACGCGGCAUCCAGCGACCAUCCCACUUGCGCCCAGAGGGUCCCCUGCCACAAUGGCGGGGUCAGCGUCUCCGCGGGGAACGAAUGCUCGUGCGUCUGUUCAGACGGGUACACGGGGCCACAGUGUACGAUCAACGGCGACGGCAGCUGCAUCACGGCGGAAGUCAGCAACAGCUCCAUGACGAGGAACGCGACGAUGGGCAGUGCGCUCCCGAGCCUGUUCCAGCAGUCCGAGGACAAGUUCGGGAUCGAGCUCGACCCGAUCACCAUUAUGGCGCUGUUCAGCAUACAAAAUGUCUCGUGCAAGACGGAGAAUGCGCUCGUCUCUUUCAGUCAGGUCAAUACGGGCAGCAGCAACAGCAGCAACUCUCGUCGAUCCCUCCUGGCGGGGGACGAUGAUGAUAGUAGUGAGUUUGCCUCGCCCUCUGUCUUGUCGGAGAAGCCUACGGCGGUCAUGGAAGAGCGUGCCGUCGCAACUAUGAAUGGGAUCGUGUACGACGACGAGGGAACGCCCAAAGCAGUGAAAGACAAAGAUGCAAAGGCUACACAAACGACCAGCACCUCCACCCUUCCGACGGCUACGCCAACCGCCAACUCGUCGUCGUCCAAUCCCUCAACCGUCGUCCCCGCCGUCGUAGUGGAAUUCUCCCGGGUAUCCGUCCUCUACAUCCUACAGCGAACGGGCUCACUCGACGCGGCCAUGAGCGCGGAGUCGCGCAUCGAGUCGUACCUGACGCUGACCAGUACGGGGCAAAUGGGGUCGUUGGAGGUGGAUUCGUUCUCGCUGGACUUUUCCAAGCGGACGAUCCACCGGAGUGGGGAGUAG